AUGUUCCAUCAUCCCCCAUCCUCUAGGUCUCCUUCUGCCACCCCAGCCCCUCUCCCCGGCGCAUUGCAGCCAGAGUUGCACGAGGGGGGUCUCGCUGCAGACCCGUCGGAAAGUCGCUACAGGACAAAAGUCAUUCGAGAUGAUGUUGAAAGAAGAGAACAUGCGAGGAUGGGAGCUAUCAUGCCCGGAACGGGAGAUGGAUCAGCGCUCGGGGAGGAGUGUUUCUUGUGGACUGAUGUGCCCAAUGUCAAGAACUUUAGAUACAUCCCCUGUGCUCUCUCCUCAACCCCCUCUCCACACCCAUCGGUUCCUUUCUACCGCACAAUCCCCUAUCCUCCCCCAGUCCCGCUAGUACACCUAUCCCUCCUCGACCGCUCAAAUUACCUGCGGAUAUCACCUUCCUUGCUCACUGUCUGCAACGAACGCGGAUUCCGCUCUUGUCGUGCAAACGUGUCUGUUCGUGAAGGCGCUUGGUACUAUGAAGUGAAGAUAGAAAUAGGUGACGGGGAUCGAGGUGCUGGGCGAGGGUUGGGCGGGGACUCUGUAGUCGGCAACCCGCAUGUCCGGCUGGGCUGGGGAAGAAGAGAGUCCAAUCUCGAUACCCCUGUUGGUUGUGACGCCUACUCGUACGGGAUUCGAGAUGCCACUGGCGAGAAAGUGCACCUCUCUCGCCCGAAACCCUAUGCCGGAAAAGGUUUCAAAUCAGGCGACGUCGUCGGCUGCCUCAUCAAGCUCCCUCCUCGGCCUUCGUUGGAGGGCAAACCGACCUACCACCCAGCGCACGUGAAGAGACAACGGCGAGCUUUCAACUACAAGAGCCAAGCAUACUUUGAGAGCGCAGAAUACGCCCCUUGCAGAGAAAUGGAGGCUUUGGUCGACCGGGACGGCAAGCUCGCAGCGGCUGCUGCCAAUGGCAACGGCGAGUCCAACGGUGAUGUAGCAAAUCACAAAAAAACUGCAGGCGCUGCUACAAAGCACACCAAGAAGAGCAAAAAGCCAUCCGAAAAACAAGCCUCCUCCCCCGAAGAACCUGCCUCUCGCAAACUCGAGCGCCUUUCCGAAUCCAGCAUAUCCUUCUUCAUCAACGGCGAGCCUUUCGGUGCUGCUUUCGAGGAUAUCUUUGAUUUCACUCCCCUACCACCCCUUCGGGCUCCUGGGACGGGGAAAAAGCAGUAUGGAGACGAUGUAAUGCAUGAUGAUGGGACGUUAGGGUACUACCCCAUGGUUUCCUGCUUUGGUCGCGCCAAGGUCAAGACCAACUUUGGCCCCGAUUUCGCCCAUCCUCUCCCUGUGCUCCCGGAUGGUACUCCGGUCAAAGCUAUGUCUGACCGCUGGCCUGAAUUCCUCAAAGAGGAAGCCGCGUUGGACGAUGUGGAUGAGGUUGAAGAUACCAAACGCCUGGAGGCGAUCUUGAAGGCCGAGAAGAAGGCACUGCAGAAGAAGAUGGCGAAAUCGAAAGCGAAGGGCGGGAAGAGUGGGAGUGCUACACCCAAGGGUGGGGUUCCGGCAGGGACAAAGAAGGCCCAGGCCGGUCAGCAGAAAAGGAAGAGGGCUGGCACAGAGGCGAGCACUCCUGGCCCUGAUAGUGUGAGGGGCCGCACGCAAACGCCUGUAACCGCGCCUUCUAGUGUGCGUGGAAGGACUAUGACGCCUGUACUCUUUGCCCAGUCAGAUAAUGGCUCAGACAUACCCGGAAAGUGGGAUCAGGAAGGGCAGGAGAGCACGAGAGAACGAUCGGUCAGUGUGGCGCAGAGCGAUGCUUCAUCGCGCGACCCAUGGGGACGGAGUCGUGACGAGGUGGAGCAGGAAGAACAGGCGGAGAGAGAGAGGGAUAUCAAGAGGCCCAGGCCAGAGGAACAUAUGCUUAGUGCGGGUAACAGCGAAGAUGGGUACGGAGAGGAGGAAGAAGAACAGGAAGAGAAAGGAGAGGAGAGGGAGAAGAGGGAGAAGAGAGAGACGAACGAGGAAGAACGAGGGGAAGAGGAGGAAGAAGAGGACGAGGAAGAGGAGGGGAUAAAGUGGUAA